AUGAGUCCGAAUACAAAUCAUGUCAUAAACGAUCCAUUGGCUGUGAUUUACAAUGAAGGACAUUGGCGGUUGAGUAAAGUAUCUCCAUUAUUUAACUUUCAAUCAAAUGCAAUCAAAUUAAAACAAUAUGCAUCGAAAAUUCGUCAAGCUAUCGUUCAAUCAAUUUCGGCUAGUUCAGAGAUAAAGUAUACUGUAGUUUUAGAAGUUCAGCCAUAUCUCAAAUAUUCUGAACAAGAUUCAGAUGGCUUUAUGAUUACAGUUUCAUCGUCUCAGGAAAAUAAAAAUAAAUUGAAAAUGGUAUACAACAGUAUAUUUCUGUCAUGGGGUCCAAGUAGUAGAGUGGCUGAUGCUAUUCAUUUACCAUACUUACUUGAACGUGGUGAACAAAAGAUUGGGACAGCUGUUAAAACUUCUGUGCAAAACAUGUUUGAUUGCAAUAUAAAACAGUUCACAUUCACACAACAUCAACUGUUACAAUUUGGUUUCAACCUUGUUGAGAUUGAUACAUCUCGCAGUGCUGACCCAUUCACAUUCUGCUACAGAACACAAGCAGAUCAUAAAAACAAGCUCACUUUAACCUUUGAGAUUAGUGAUGUCCAGAUUCUUUGGAAUGGAAUUAAAGAAGAAUUUCCUAAAUCCUCAGAACAGGCAAUAUUAGCAUAUCAAGUAUUGCAGAAUCAGAUAUUUUACAGUGCCCAGUUAGAUGUGACAGCACUAGAUUUAUGUGAAGUUAACAUUUCUAAAGCAGAAGUGAAAGCAAAUGGCACAAUAAAGAUGAAGACUCCUGAAAUUGUAAAUUGUGUUUUCACAGUACUGAAUGAAAUUAGUGAUUUUACUUUGAAAGGAAAUAAUGGUUUGUUGGAA